AUGGCUUAUUUAUCGCCUGCUAUCGCCAUCAAAGCUCCCUUGCACGUCUCUACGGCAUCAAUCGCCACCAUCAUGUCUUCCAAGACUUCAAAUGUCAUCCUCAAAGAUCAAUCAGACUGGGAACUUUGGAUCUAUAUUGUCAAACAAAUGGCUGAAGCCGGUGACGUCUGGCAGCACAUGAACCCAGAUUAA